AUGGAAAUGAUUCCACUUCUUGAAACUCCUAAAGAAUCUAUUAGAAAACGAAAUGACAAUCAUCUUGAAAGCUUUAGUCUUAUUUGGCUUAAUAAUAAUGAAAAUGUUGACAUCCAAAAAGAAUUACGUAAUACAAUUAAUCAUAUUGAAACCUUUGAUGAUGUUGAAGAAUGUAAAAACUAUAUUGAAAAAACAUCAGAAAAUGAUCGAUUAGUUCUUGUUACUAAUGGUGAAUUCGGUCAACAAAUUAUUCCUUCAAUUCAUCAACUAAGACAAAUUUCAUCAGUUUAUAUCAAUUCAGAAGAUAAACAGUGGUCAAAUGAUUUUCCCAAGUUAAAAGGUAUUCAUGUUAAAAUGGAUGAACUCAUCUUACAAAUCCGUGAAGAUUAUAAAAAUCGUCGGAAAAUAGAAGAACCUGUAUGGAUGAAUAUGUUUACAACAGUAAAUGAUGCAGGAAAAUCAACCACAGGAAUCAAUGGUCAAUUUGUAUUUUCUCAAUUAUUACUUGAUUGUCUUCUUCGAUUAAAACCAAAUGAAAAUGAUCGAAAUGAGUUAAUUUCAUAUUGUGAAAAAGAAUAUGAAGGAAAUCAAAAUGAAUUAAACCAUCUUCAUGAAUUUCAGAGCAGUUAUUCAUCGGACAACGCCUUAUGGUGGUAUACUCGUGAAUCUUUCUUUUAUAAAACAUUAAAUGCAGCUCUGAGAAAAGAAAAUAUUCAUAUGAUUUAUUUAUAUCGUUCCUUUAUUAUUGAUAUACAAAAUCAAUUAGAAAAUCAUCAAUGUCAAUGUCCUACUCGUGUUUAUCGAAGUCAACUAAUGUCAACUGAUGAAUUAAACUAUCUUAAAAAUAGUGUUGGACAAUAUGUCUCAGUGAAUUCAUUUCUUUCGACGAGUUUUAAAAAAGAUAUUGCAACUUUUUAUCUCGGUGAUACAAAUCAUCAAUGGAUCGAUUUUGAAAAAGUUUUAUUUGAAAUUGAUGCUGAUCCAAAAGUUGUUACAACAAAACCAUUUGCUGAUAUUAGUCAAUUUAGUGAUUUUAGUGAUGAGUUCGAAGUUCUUUUUAUGCUUGGAUCGAUAUUUCGUUUGAAUUCAAUUAUUCGUGAUGAUCAAAAUCAGUUUUGGAUUAUUCAAAUGUGCUUAUGUAGUGAUGAUGAACAUAAUUUGAAAGAAAUUCUUAUGGACAUGAAAAAUGAAAUUGGAAAUGGUGAAACAAAUCUUUGUAUUUUAGGAAAAGUUCUACGAGGAAUGGGACAUCUCGAUUUAUCAAAGAAAUAUUAUUAUCGUUGUUUAGAUGAACUUUCACAAAAUGAUCCUUUACUUCUUACUGUUUAUAGAGAUUUGGCUAAAAUUGCUUCUCAAAAGAAGGAUUAUGAAGAACAUCUUCGACUGAGACGUGUUUUAUCGGAAAUCAAUCAAAAAAUACAAUUAAAUGAUAAUGAAAUUCAGACAAGUGAAAUAGAUAAAUUGACUUACAAUGACACAAUACAAAAACGAAAAUCAAAAGAUUAUAUUCGAUGUAAUUGGUAUUUGAAAUUAUUGAUAUGUAGUUUUAUUCUUAUUUUGAUGGUUGGAACUGGAAUAUUUGUAUUACAAUAUACGAUUACAAAAAAAUCAAAAGAAUGCAAAUCAAUAUUGAACAAAUGGAAACAAAAUCCCAUCACCGUAGCUGGUGGAAACGGAAAAGGUCAAGCAUUAAAUCAACUCCACGGUCCUCGCGGAAUCUUUAUUGAUACAAACAAAAAUAUUUUCAUUGCUGAUUUUAAUAAUCAUCGUAUUAUUGAAUGGAAAAACAAUGCAAAAGAAGGACAAAUCAUUGUCGGUGUUAAUGGGCAAGGAAAUCGUAUGGAUCAAUUGGAUCAUCCAACAGAUGUGAUUGUUGAUGAACAAAGUCAUUCGAUCAUCAUUGCUGAUUCUUUGAACAGACGAGUAAUCCAGUGGAUGAAUCAAAAUCAACAAGUUCUCAUUCAGAAUAUUGAUUGUUAUGGUUUGGCAAUGGAUAAACAAGGAUUUCUUUAUGUUUCUGAUCGUGUGAAGAAUGAAGUGAGGCGAUGGAAAAUGGGUGAAUACAAUGAAGGAGUUGUGGUAGCUGGUGGAAACGAAAAAGGAAAUCAACUCAAUCAAUUAUAUGGUCCUACUUUUAUCUUUGUUGAUGAAGAUCAAUCUGUUUAUGUAUCAGAUUCUGACAAUGAUCGUGUGAUGAAAUGGAAAAAAGGUUCAAAAGAAGGAACAAUUGUGGCUGGAGGAAAUGGUGAAGGGAGAAAUCUCACUCAGUUGUCUUCACCUUAUGGAGUCAUUGUUGAUGAUUUGGGUCAAAUAUAUGUGGCAGAUCGUGGGAAUGAUCGAAUAAUGCGUUGGUGCGAAGGAAAAGGUGAAGUUGUUGUUGGUGGGAAUGGCAAAGAAAAUCAAUUGUAUGGUCCCCGUGGUUUAUCUUUUGAUGAUGAAAAAAAUUUGUAUGUUGUUGAUUUAGGAAACAAUCGAAUUUUAAAAUUUGAAAUAAUUUUAUGUUCAAAAGGAUUCUGUUUUGCAGAUUUAACAGAACAUAAACAAAUAUUAAAUAAUGAAUUAAAUCAUAUUAUUAAUGAUUAUGAUGGAUUUAAACAAACAAUUAAUGAACAUAAACGAAAUUCACAAAAUCAUUCAUUAAUAAAACAAAUUAAUCAAUGGGAAAGAAAUUCAAUUGAAAAAAUUAAACAAAAAGCACAAAAUUGGAGAGAAAUUGUUCUGAAAUAUUCAUCAACAGUUAUUAAUAAUAUUGAAAUAAAGCUUAAUGAUUUAAAUGAACAAAUAAAACAACUUCACAGAGAAAAUGAAUUUAAUGAAAGUAAUUUAAAUCGUUUAAGAAAUCAAUUAAUAGAAAUUAUAGAAGAAUUAAAUAAUCCAUCAAAUAUUUCUAUCGAACAAGAUUCGCAAUCAUUAAUUAAUGAAAUUUCAUAUAUUUUAUCAAAAGAAUCAAACUUUAACAAAUGGAAUCAAAAUGCUAUCACUGUGGCUGGUGGAAAUGGAAAAGGAAAAGAAUUAGAUCAACUCCAUUGGCCUGUUGGAAUCUUUAUUGAUAAAAACAAAAAUAUUUUCAUUCCUGACUAUUAUAACCAUCGUAUUGUUGAAUGGAAAUAUAAUGCAAAAGAAGCACACAUCAUUGCAGGUGGAAAUAGAAAUGGAAAUCGAAUGGAUCAAUUGAAUUAUCCAACAGAUAUGAUUGUCAAUCAACAAAAGCAUUCGAUCAUCAUUGCUGAUUUUGGAAACAACCGAGUAAUUCAAUGGGUGAAUCAAACUCAACAAAUUCUCAUUGAUAAUAUCCAUUGUUGGGGCUUAGCAAUGGAUAAACGUGGAUUUCUUUAUGUUUCUGAUUAUAAGAAGAAUGAAGUGAGACGAUGGAAAAUGGGUGAUUACAACAACGAAGGAAUUGUAGUUGCAGGUGGAAAUAGAAAAGGAAAUGAACUCAAUCAACUUGAUUAUCCUACUUUUAUCUUUGUUGAUGAAGAUCAAUCUGUUUAUGUAUCAGAUAGAGACAAUCAUCGUGUGAUGAAAUGGAGAAAAGGUGCAAAAGAAGGAACACUUAUGGCCGGAGGAAAUGGCGAAGGAGAAGAUCUCAAUCAAUUGUCUUCACCUCAAGGAAUAAUCGUUAAUUAUUUGGGUGAAAUCUAUGUGGCCGAUUGUGAAAAUGAUCGAGUAAUGCGUUGGUGUGAAGGAAAAGAAGAAGGUGAAAUUAUUGUUGGUGGAAAUGGUAAAGGAAAUCAAACAAAUCAAUUGAAUGGUCCCACUGGUUUAUCUUUUGACGAUGGAGGAAAUCUAUAUGUUGCUGAUUGCGAAAAUGAUCGAAUUCAAAAAUUUGAAUUAGUUUUGUGA